GGAAUUCUCGAAGCAUGCAGGUUCGGGAUGCCUUUCUCCGCGUAUAAAUACGGUGGGCUCAAAUCUGACCCUGCAAAGUGCUAGUUUUUCAUUUUCGUGAUCGGAGUUUGGUUGCAGAGAUAUUUUCGAGAAAGAAAUUAUCAAAACGCAAGGAGAGAACUGAUAAAUAAGUGACGAUGGCAAUAGUUUCUGGAAGAACAUCAACACUGAAUCCAAAUGCCCCUCUCUUCAUUCCAGCAGCUUUACGCCAAAUAGAGGAUUUCUCCGCAGAGUGGUGGGAAUUGGUGAAGACCUCUACAUGGUUCCGUGACUACUGGCUUUCCCAACAUCAGGAAGAAGCGAGCUUCAUCAAUAACUCCAUUAAUGAUGAUGACGACGACAUAGUAAAUUUGUUGCCAGACUCAUUCGAUCUUGGCGUUGAUGAGGAGUCUAGUCUAGAGGCUCAAAUGCAGUACUGGGACGGAUUCAUGGAAGAUCAAAAUGAGUCAAAAUAUAGGGAGAAACCACCUCAGUGCAUUAGUCCAAAAUGCAGCUCUCUUCCCAUUCAACAGCCUCGUUGAAAAGUUCUUUAAUGGAGAGCUUUAUCAAAUAUUGAAUAGUUUUUCUUCUGUUUUUUCACUUUUUGUUUGUAUAGAUCAAGGUUGUUAGUUGUAACACUUGUUUAGUUUUUGUUAGACAAUAUCACAAUAUCACCAUGUUAUUGUAGCUA